UUGGUGACUCCGCAGACAACAACAUCCGGUUUGAGGAUGUUUGGAUGUUAGGACGUUUUGUCGCGUGUGCCGAGAAAGAUGAGCAGCAGAUGACAGGCUAACAUCCGAGUGUGAGCGAAGCUCUUCCUUCAUCUGCUCCCGGACAGUCGAGCUGGUAUCAUCUUCAGUUCUCAGUGAAGUUAUGAUGGCGAAUCCAGUCAGUCUUCAGACCCUAAGCAAGACAUGGGAGCUAAGUUUGUAUGAACUCCACCGAACGCCACAGGAGGCCAUCAUGGACAGCACGGAGAUCGCCGUGUCUCCCAGAAGCCUCCACAGCGAGCUGAUGUGCCCCAUCUGUCUGGACAUGCUGAGGAACACCAUGACCACCAAAGAGUGCCUGCACCGCUUCUGCUCGGAGUGCAUCGUCACCGCGCUGCGCUCCGGGAAUAAAGAGUGCCCCACCUGCAGGAAGAAGCUGGUGUCCAAGCGCUCUCUGCGCGCCGACCCCAACUUCGACGCUCUGAUCUCUAAGAUGUACCCGAGCCGUGACGAGUACGAGGCGCAUCAGGACAAGGUCUUGGAGCAGCUGAGCCGUCUGCACAACAAAGAGGCCCUGAGCAGCAGCAUUGAGCAGGGUCUGCGCAUGCAGGCCAGACACAGGGCUCAGCGGGUGCGUAAGCUGCAUGCGGAGAGCGAGAACGCCACCCUCAGCGGCGGGGAGGACGAGGUCUCGCAGGACUCGGGCCCUCCGAUCCACACCAGCAGUGCUGUAGAGCCCGGCCCCAGCCAGGCCAAGAGAGCGUCUGACGACUCCGGAGCCGAGGCCCCGUCCCCGCAGCGCUCCGAGAUCGAGCUCAUAUUCUGCCCACACCCCCUGCUGGUCGGCCAACAGCAGUACAGCCAGACACGAUACGUCAAAACCACAGCCAAGGCCACGGUGGACCACCUGUCGAAGUACCUGGCCCUGCGCGUGGCUCUGGAGGAGGGCUCGAGCGGCGCACCGGAGGGAACUCUGCGGCACGUCAGCGAGAAGCAGUUCACCAUCUACAUCAGCACAGCUGCGGGACAGUUCACCACACUCAAUGGCUCGCUGACGCUGGAGCUGGUCAACCAGAAGUUCUGGAAGCUCUGCAAGCCUCUGGAGCUCUUCUACGCUCCCACAGACCAGAACCAGACACCUCCGCUGCCACAGGUGGACGACGAGAGCCCAGGACAGUCAGCGCUGACCUAAAGGACUCUACUGAGGUCAGGACAGGUUCAGGCAGUCCUCUUCACGGAACGGGUCGCUCCUGCAGUGAAGCUCAGCCCGGCUUAAAGAGACAGUGCACCCGAAAAUGACAGCGAAUCAUUAAUUCCUCACCCGUAAGACGAAAUUAUUUUUGAUGGAUUCCGAGAGCUCUCUGACCCUCCAUAGACAACAACAAAAAUGAAAUGAUCCCAGAUCCAGAAACACAGCAAGCUGCUCCCGAUUGACAAAGUGUAGCUCCAGCUCUGAUCAAACAUACCAGAAGCCACUAAUUAAUGUCUUCGGACCCCUGCAUUAGAGAUUCAGCCUCAAAGCCGUGAGAUCAUUCUUCUCCCGGAGUUACUGUGAGAGUAUCACAUACACACUCUUUAGCCUAGGCCUAAACAACGCUGAUGACCUCUGUCACGUGGACUGUUUUAACAGUGAGUCUGGGAACGUUAUAGCUGUGUUGCUCUCUACGGAGGGCCAGAGAGCUCUCAGAUUUGAUCAAAAAAUGUAUUUAUUUGUGUUCUGAAGAUUGAAGUUGGAGUAACUAAUCACAGGAUUUAAAUUUGUGGGUGAAAGCACAAGACGGUCCAGGCCCUGAAUAAUGCCUACACACACACACUCAAUUUAAUACUGCACUGGAGUGGUGUGCCAUCACGCAUUAUCUUCAGAAAUUUUCUUACCAUGAAAUCAUUUAGAUGAACUGUCCAGUCCACGUUUAAUUCAUUGGAUAUUAUACUUUGGUAAUAAAGUUAUUGUAUCGCACACAUCACUGGUGCAGACAUUUGGUUUCAAUUGCAACUGCUGUUAAUCACUGUUAAAUAGCACCACUGCUCAGAUGUCUUGUCUGUCACACAUUCUCAGCGGAUUUUAGAGUAGUGUUGAAAAUCUAAGUAUGUAAAUAAACCUGUAUGUUGUAAAUGUGUCCCGUCAGGUAAGAGGAGCGGUUGUAUUUCAUUUUAUACUAGUCAAAUACCACAUGAAGUUUCUCAGCAGCAACCAUACCUUUGUGUUGUUUUCAUGUUUCUCCAACCGAUGAGCUUAAAUGGACCUGACUGCAAUAAUCAUGAGACUAAUUAUUUUAAUCUUUUGACAACCCUAAUAUUAAGGUCAUAACUUCUGUUGUACAGGUUUUUCCAAAUACCCUGGACUACCUCUGGUUAGAAAUGACAGACAUCUUCAUGAAAUAUUUAAGGUGGUCACAUGCAUGUAUCUGAACCUCAAUCAAAGCCUGUUUUUACCACAGAAAGUGAACUGCAUUUUUUUUUCUUUUCACAGUUCUGAAAAUAGUCAAUUAUGACUUAUUUUUACUAUUGUAAUAAAAUAAAAAAAACUGAGGGGAAUUUUUUGAGUGUUGGAAACGACCUUCUGUAGAACUGAAGUCAGAGGACCAGAAUUCAGGGGAGUAACUGCAUGUACUGGGUUAUAUGGUCAUUUUCCCCAGUAGUAUUUGUACAUACUCACCCAUGCCUUUAAAGAAUAUGCCUUACUGCAUCUUUUUCAUUAAUAAAGAUGAACACAUUUA